UGAAACACAAGACAAAGUAAGUUGUCAUGUCAGAGGUUGAAUUUGAAGCCCAACUCCAACACCCACGCUUCAUCAUCCCCAACUUGCUCUCCCUUGAUGAAUGCAAGGAGCUUGAAUUCAUCCACAAGAGUAGCAGCACCGUUGGUUACAGACCCAAUGUCUUCUCAACUACUCUCUCCCAUCUUAUUGCUACUAACUCUUCCCACUUCAUCCUUCCUUUUGUACCCAUCAGAGAAAGGUUGAAAGACAAGCUAGAGGAGUUUUUCAAGUGUGAGUAUGAGCUCUUUAUUGAAUUCACCGGUUUAAUCAGCUGGAGCAGAGGAGCAAGCAUUGGAUGGCAUAGUGAUGAUAACAGGCCCUACCUCAAACAACGACACUUUUCAGCAGUAUGCUACUUAAAUAGUUAUGGGAAGGAUUUCAAUGGUGGACUCUUUCACUUCCAAGAUGGUGAACCAGCAUCAAUUAUGCCCAUGGCCGGAGAUGUUGUGAUGUACACAGCUGACCAACGCAACAUUCAUUCUGUUGAUGAGAUAACUGACGGAGAAAGACUAACGCUUGCUUUAUGGUUCACUCGUGAUGGUUCCCAUGAUGAGGAUAGGAAGCUUGUUUCUCUUCUUUCACAACACCUUUUACAUAAGAACAUGGCUGGUUCAUACCUACCUUUACCUGCAUCCAGCAAUAUGUAUUGGCUUUCUCAAAACCAAGCUUCCAAUCAUCAGCUCGGUUUUAAUAUCUGUUGGGCUAGACUGCAUGUUCUUGGAUAUGACAUAUAUAUUUCUCAAGACUGUUGCUGUGAGUCUGAUGUCUCUGAAUUACUGGCAAAGCCACUUUGCUUAGUGAGGGGAAAUGAGUUGCUGGAUCAGGAAUUUGUCAAUAUUUUGCAUGCACUUCAGGUUGUCCAUUUCUAUUGUUGGAAAGGAUCUGCCUUACAGACCAACGAGUUGAAUAUAGACACUAAGGUAGUAAGACUGUCAGAUGUGCAAACAGAGAAAAUCAGUGCUGUAAAUUCUGUACUUUCAAAUGCUGAUGAUGCUUUUGCAUCGAGUGUUUUCCGUGGUAUGCCUUCUGAAGAAAAUGAAAGCAUUUGCUUUAACUGGACAGGAAUUGUGGCUGCAGUUGCUUCUUGGGAAGAUUACGUAUCAAAGCUAAGGAAACAAAUUCAUUUACUGUUGCCUUACUGGAGAAUGCAUGAAUCUAUAUAUAGUGUGCAAUUGGGUAAGUAGUAUCCAUGUUCAACAAUUCCAAGAAAAGGUAACC